AUGGUUGGGCAUCUGGCAAACCGCGCCCAAUUCGAGCUUAUUAUACCCUCAACACAUACCAGCGUUGAAGCAAAAUUCAACCACAAGCUCGUUCCCGGCGUAUCAUGGCACAGCGGCCGCAUCUUCUCCACAAAGCCGGAACUCUCCUUCAACGAAACAUUGGAAGCAUUCCUCGUCGAGCUACGCUCGCAAAUGAAGCUGGCUGUCAAAAGUGUCUGCCACGCGAAAAUUGAUUACUUCGUGAUGUGCAUGUCGGCUUGUUCCCAGUCGUUCCCGGCUGGGGAUCAGCAGGUUGUGGAUUUCUUUACUCAUAUUAGAUGUGAAGUUACGGCGACCUUUGGGUUCAAGUGUCCGACCACGAUUCCAGCGGGUACGAAUCUGCUUGCUGUGAAGGCUUCAGCAGAGCUGGAGGUUGAGUUGGGGAAGUCGGUUAUUGCUAUUAGUACCGCGACUGUGUGGCAUGCUUAUGGGAUGAAUGAGAUCAAGGAUCAGAUAUCGGGUUGA